UCUUUCAUCAGCAGAGAAUAUAGUUUUCCAUCCUACGUGAAGCUGAUAUACUCUGAUUUUUGUGUGCCUACAUGGAGCUGUCAGAUCUAUCAGCAAGUACAAUAAACUGGUCCGUUGGGCCACGGCUUGUGUUGAGAAUGACAUUAGGAGCAGAAAUUACUAGCCAGCUCAAGGCUUCUUCAUACAUAGCAUCAGGCCAAAACCUUUUGAGAUGGAACCUGUCACCAGAGCAAAUUAGAACAAGAACAGAAGAACUAAUCAGGAAGACAAAGCAUGUAUAUGACAGUGUUGGGAUGCUUGAUAUUGGAGAAGUAACACAUGAAAAUACUGUACGGGCCUUGGCAGAUAUAGAAGUGGAAUACACAGUGGAAAGAAGCAUGUUGGAUUUUCCCCAGCAUGUCUCACCUGACAAAGAGGUACGCUUAGCAAGUACAGAAGCUGACAAAAAGCUUUCUAAUUUUGAUGUGGAGAUGAGCAUGAGAGAAGAUGUGUUUCAGAAGAUUGUUUAUUUGCAGCAAACCUGCGAUCUUGAGAAUGUAAAGCCUGAAACAAAGCGGUAUCUAGAGAAAUCAGUUCAACUGGGAAAAAGAAACGGACUCCAUCUUCCUAAAGAAGUGCAGAAUGAAAUAAAGACAAUGAAGAAAAAAUUGAGUGAGCUGUGUAUAGACUUUAAUAAAAACCUGAAUGAGGAAGACACAUUUCUUGUAUUUUCUAAGGAAGAACUUGAAGGCCUUCCUGAUGACUUUAUUAAGAGUUUAGAGAAGACUGAGGAAGACAAAUAUAAAAUUACUUUAAAGUAUCCCCACUAUUUUCCUGUCAUGAAGAAGUGCUGCAUUUCGGAAACCAGGAGAAAAAUGGAAUCUGCCUUUAACUCGAGAUGCAAAGAGGAGAACACAAAAAUUCUUCAGCAAUUGCUUCCACUAAGGGCAAAAGUAGCAGAACUUCUUGGUUAUAAUACACAUGCCAACUUUGUCCUGGAGGUAAACACUGCAAAGAGCACAGAUAAUGUAACAGCCUUCUUAGAUGAUUUGAGUAAGAAGCUAAAGCCAUUGGUUGAGGAAGAAAGAGAAUUCAUUCUAGAUUUGAAGAAAAAGGAGUGUAAAGAAAGAAACUCUGAUUAUGAUGGAAGAAUCAAUGCAUGGGAUCUUCAUUAUUAUAUGAACAAAACAGAAGAACUGAAGUACUCCAUAGAUCAAGAAAAGCUGAAGGAAUACUUCCCAAUUGAGGCUGUUACAGAAGGCUUACUGAAUAUUUACCAGCAGCUGCUGGGACUUGUAUUUGAGCAAGUAGAAAGUGCUCAUGUUUGGCACGACAGCGUUACUCUUUACACAGUAAAGGAUAAUUCAACAGGGGAAAUGUUAGGGCAGUUCUAUUUGGACCUUUACCCCAGAGAGGGAAAGUAUGGGCAUGCAGCAUGCUUUGGUCUCCAACCCGGCUGUCUUCUCUCUGAUGGCAGCAGAAUGAUGUCUGUAGCUGCUCUGGUAACCAACUUCACAAAACCAGCAUCAGAUCGCCCAUCAUUGCUGCGACAUGAUGAAGUAAGGACUUACUUCCAUGAAUUUGGUCAUGUAAUGCAUCAAAUAUGUGCACAGACUGAUUUUGCUAGGUUUAGUGGAACUAAUGUGGAAACAGACUUUGUAGAGGUACCUUCACAAAUGUUUGAGAACUGGGUGUGGGAAAAAGAACCGCUACAGCAAAUGUCAAGACAUUAUAAAGAUGAGAGCCAUGUUGGAGACACUCUCCUUGAGAAACUUGCUGCCUCUAGGCUGGCUAAUACAGGCCUUUUAACCCUCCGUCAGAUUGUUUUGAGCAAAGUUGACCAGGUGCUGCAUACAAAGCCAUCUGCUGACCCAGCAGAUGAAUAUGCUAAAUGCUGUGUGGAGACCCUAGGAAUUCCUGCCACCCCAGGAACAAACAUGCCAGCUACUUUUGGACAUCUGGCAGGUGGUUACGAUGGUCAGUACUAUGGAUACCUGUGGAGUGAAGUGUUUUCCAUGGACAUUUUUUAUAGCUGCUUUAAGCAAGAAGGAAUAAUGAAUCCAAAGGCUGGGAUGAAAUACAGAAACCUCAUUUUGAAACCUGGAGGAUCUUUGGAUGGGAUGGAUAUGCUACAAAAUUUCUUGGAGCGUAAACCAAGCCAGAGAGCUUUCCUGUUGAGUAAGGGAUUACGUGUUCAGUAAAAUUAUGGUUCCUUUGUAAUGGCAUAUAAGUAUGGAAUGAGCUGGAAAUGUCAGUGUAUUUCACAUCUUAACUAUGUAUCACUCUAGGAAAAUUGUGUCACUUUUUGAUGAUUUUUUUAAUUGUAUAAAUAAAAAUGUGAUUUUUUUAAAAUUGCAUAGGACUACAACACUCAACACAUCAGGGAAAAAAUUCUGAAAUGUGCAGAAGCUGAGGGAUUUGGGUGGUAAUUUUUUUUAAUUGUUAUGAAAUAAUACUAAUCAGUAUGGGGAGUUGAUGCUGUGUUUCUUUUUUAAUAGAUGCACUUAAACUAUGUCUUUUGAAUGAAUUUUAAAACUGGAAGGGGGAAAAAAGGAUGCCACAAGCAAUAAAAGAAACAGAUUCAUUCUUCUUCUGUAUUCUUCUAUUGUAUUGAUGGCUCACCAGUGUCUUUGAUGGAGAGGAAGUGUGGUUGAUUUCAUCAUGGUUUGGGUUCAGUCUAGCUUCCUGACAAAUUUCAAGACUGAGAACCUGCCCCAGACACCUUUACAGCAGAGAUACUUGUGUGAUACUUUUAGACUUAAUUCCGAUGCAUGUCAAAUUCUUGUAUCAUUUAUAAACUUAUACAGUAUAACUAAAAAGAAAAAAAACCUACCAUUUGAGCUACCAUUUUCUUCCCUUCAUUGAAGGAAAACAGCCAAAAUCUAUGACCUUGGCAGUUCUUCCACAACUUUUUCUUCUUUGUUGAUGUUCAAACUGGGUCUUUUUUUUCCAAAUUAUAUAAACACUGGCACUGAAAAGUUACACUUGAGCAAUUAUAAUGGUUUCAGUUGGUUUGUGAAGUAUUUUGAGAUACAUAUAAGGAAGGAAGGGACGAAGAUGUCCCCGGUGGGAAUGAUAAAAGUCAAUCCAAGAUUUUCCUAUUCCUUUCCAGUGUGGCAUGCAGAGGUGCUACAAAAAAGCUUCAUAGAUUCAAUGAUUUCAGCUGUGGGAGUGUGAAAGUAAUUGAGGAACUGUUUUGCAGUUUUUCUGCACGAUCAGGAAAAAUGAGUCUUACAAGCCAACUCUACACCACCCAAAUAAAACUGCUAAUCCAAGUGCACUUUUUUUGCCUUUAGAUAUCAUAUCUUACUUUGGUUUUGGUAUUACAACAUGUAUAUGAACAAACUUUAAUUUUGGUUACUAGCUAAUAUAUUUUAGACAUUUGAACCGUAGCUGUAAACAUGGUUGGUAUUUUUAUUUGUUUGUUCAACAGCAAAGGAAGAAAAUGUGCCUGGUCAACUCAAAAGACUUCCUCUUUUUCUCGCAAAAGAAAACUGAAAGCAUUUACUUUGGGCCAAAUCUAUGUGUUUCAGGGGGGGAA